UUUCAGAGUCCACGUGUACUUAUGGAAUUUGGUGGAAGCAGCUAACGUGUUGAACUUUAAUCUCUACUGACUAACAGAUUUUACGGAUCAAAUAUUUUGCCCGUUGUUGCAUUUGGCUAACUUGUUACUUGAGCAUGGAUGAUGGAACAGUGUUAGAAGUUCGAAUAAACGGCGAAAUUAACGGAGAUGCUGCUUGUUUGGCAAAAUUACAGAAUACAGCAGAAAGUAUUUCCAGCCCUUCUACACCAGGAGUUGAGACGAGCAGUAGCCUCUCCGAUACAACAAUUACAUUAAUACGGAAGGAAUUGGAACAGGAAAACUUUUCGGCCAAACCAAAGAUAAAUGACCAAAGUCAUGCUGAGAAUUUCAUAAAAUCUAAUGAACAAGCUUCGGAUUCACGAGAUUCGAGUGAUUCAAGGCGAAAGUUUCGUGUUCUUGGAUUAACUUUUCCUGGGAAAUGGAUGACAAGUGAAAAGUUUUGGGAUUUACUCGAAAAAAGCGAAUCGUUUCAUAUCUGGUUUGAUAAAACCACAAAGGGUGGUAUAAAACAUGGUGGACUAAGUGCUGUAUAUGAAACACCGGAAGAAGCAAAACUAGCAUUUGCUGCAUUUCACAAAAUGACGUUUGAUGGGAAUCCACUGAAAUUACAGGCGUCUAAACUUUUUUAUGAUCCGGUACCGAAUUCGCGAAUUGUGCAACCACCCAUGCCAUUCAAAAUAAAUAUGUCGGAUCCCGAUGCUUCAAGACGACUCUAUGCUCUUCAUUUGUCUACAGCUACGGAUCAGACCUUACUGUCAUCAAUAUUCGGCAGCGAAUGCAUUGAAACAAUACAGCUGGAGGCCGAUCCGUUCAUAGCAUCGGAGAAGCAGGCUGAGAUUGUAUUCCAUACCGUUCAAGAAGCGAAUGAUGCACGAGUAGAAUUGGCAGAUGGAUUUGAGAUUGAUGAAGGCGAUCGUCAGCUUACUAUGAGACUUCUGACAAUGGAUGAAUAUAUCUCAUAUAUGAAAACAGAAAACGAUAAAAUUCUCAAUGCUCGGGUUGUACCUGUGAGCGGUUCUUCAGCUCCAUCUUCAUCGUCUUCCCAACCAUCACCCUCGGUAUCGUCGACAGCAAUUGCAGCUACUUCAGAAACUGCUGUCGUGCCAUUUAUUCCUGCUCCUGAGGUCACAGUGGAAGAUGUAACGAGUUUCGUACAACAGUACGUUGAUGACACGCGAACAAAUUGGGCAGAACUGAAUGAACUAAAUGAGCUCUGGAAAUUAUGCGAUGAAGUAAGCCAACUACACAGAGGGAUUCCUGAUUCGUUAUUGAAAAUUGCCUUGCUAAAUGUUCUGGAGCGACAUCAGCGAAGUCUUCCAACGCAUUGGAUGAGACAACAUGUUGACAAUCUUAUCAGGAUAUGGAAAAAAGAAGUGCAGAACACGAGAGGUGUUCAGCGCUCCACAAGUUACAUAAUGUCUGCUGCACCAUACAUUCCCUAUGAUAUUCCUGAACGAAAAAAUUCUGAAAAUUCAACAAGGAAACGCGCUUUAGCAACAAUAAUGGGUGUCGGGGAAGUGCUAGCCAAGGUUCGGACCAUGCUAGCAACGGAAGAAGGAGAGCUAGAUGUUGACGAAGAUGAACAUGGGAAUUACACAAUUGACGGACAACCCCUUUCGUUUGAAUCGUGGGCCAGUAUUAACAAACCAGUGAAACCAGCCCCAGUUUACGAACGGCCCCAAUUAUAUAUCGAUCCCAAGAUGCGAAAGUUGAGAAACCAAUGGAAAAAAGAGACAUGGCAAAGGAAAUUGGAAGAAGAAAAGGUUAAAAAAACGCAGGAAGUGGUUCCAGAAAUUGAAAAUGAAAAUGAAAAGGAUGAAAUGGCUCCAGAUGGUGAAGUUGUCAGGGCAGAAACAGAAACCCCUGUAAUCAGGAGAGAGUUGGAAGAAGGAGAGAUGUCAUCGGAGAGUUCAUCAUCAUCUUCGGCUUCAACAUCGUCAGAUGAGGAUAUCGAUGAUGGACCAACAUCCAGACACCGGCGACGAAAGCGUCGAAGACAUGAAAAGAGCAGUCAGUUAAAUUCCGUACAGGCUGCAAUGGGGUCUGUUAAUCCGCAGUUCACGACAUUGUUCGCACAACUCUAUGAACACCGACAUACGCUGUGUCGAUUACUCUUGUCCUCACACAAGAAUGGCUUCGCAUCUGUGUUAGGACAGAUACUUUCAUCACCACAAGGUAUGACGUCAGCUCAGCAAAACCAGAUGAAUUUAUUUAUCCAAAAUUUCUCAGCGCAGAAUUUACCAAAAUGACAUUAUUUUAUAUUUUCGAUAUCGAUAUUAGGGAUAUUCUAUUGUGUACUAUCUUUUGGAACCAUCCUACCUUCGUUUAUUAACCAUUGGGAC